GUGCUAUAAGUGGAAGUUACUCAAACGUUGACCUUAUAAUUUAUUUCUUACUAGCGUGUGAUAAAUAUUUAUCUUUAAAAAUAUCUUAAAUUUAAGAUAUAUUUUAAGUGAUUGAUGCGUGGCAAAACGUAAUCAUAAGAGUGUGAAUUUGGUUUUUUGCAAUUCGUUUGAUAUACGUCACAGCGCCAUGUUGUAUUCCUGCGCUGAUUGCAGGCACGAGAAAUCUGCCAACCCGUUUAUUUUUCGGGAUUAGUUCCCGAUAAUAAAUCGAACCGCGAUUUUGUACUCAAAUAUAUUUUAAUUUAUAUUUGUUGGCAAAUGUAAACCAACACUAGUGAAUUCGAUGAAUCCUUGUUGUCUCCUUUCGAGCGCUAACUCUUAGUUUCAACUGCAGUUUUGUGCAUCCGCGAAAGUUGAAAGGACUGUGUUGUAAAAGAAGUGAUAUCAAUUAGCCAAAAUUCCGGUCCCUACGCGCAGACGAGAAGGUGCCUACCCGCCGGGGCAGUCGGGCGAAGGAGAUAUGAACAACAAACGCAAAAAUCGCCAAGGGCCGCCGAGGUCGCCGCGAGGUCGCGUGGUGGCCGAGGGCGUGUACAACAACGCCCACUUCAUGCACGCAGCCACCUCCCACGUCGGAGACAUCGUACAGGUCCUCACACAGUCGGGCAGCCUCUGGGAGGGUGUGUUCAAGACAUUCAGCGCGCAAUUUGAGGUUGUAUUAGAAGUGGCUCACCGCGUCGACCAAGAGGGCGUGGUAGCGGUCGACUCGGUAGUCGAGAAGCUGAUCUUCAAGCCCCAAGAUGUGGUGUCCAUCCGGGCCAAGGACUCGGACCUGGAGUACGCGACCACAGACGUGUUCCAGACUGAUGGGGCCAUCUCUAGCAAGUUUAAUGGCAACGGGCGCUCCGAGGAGCGGCAGCUGGAGCCCUGGGACUGCGACGGCGAGUCGGGGGACGCGCCCUCCGUCAACGGCUCGGCGCGGCUGGGCGAGCUCGAGCUCGACCACCGGGCCAACGGCUGGGACGCCAACGACAUGUUUAGAAAAAACGAGGAGGUGUACGGGGUGCACAGUACCUACGACCACUCGCUGGCCGGCUACACGCUGCCGCUACAGAGAAAAGACACACAAGACUACAGAGACGCAGAAGCCAAAGCGGAAGAGAUAGCCGCUGAAAUAGAAAGCGCAGCUACAUACAAAGCUCGCAUAGAAUUAGAAAACGGAGACGAAGAGGAGAGAUACGCGGCCGUUGUACGGCCAGCGGCCGCGGACGGCGGGAAAUACGUUAUACCUAACAAGAGGAAGGGAGUUCAGCAGGUAUGUGGCACUAUAGUCGACAGAGGCGGAGUAUAUGGCAUAGUGUACCACGCGGCGGCGGCGCCCGCGCACAAGGACAAGGAGGCCGCGCGCCCGCCGCGCCACCACCUCACGCCCGAGGAGCGGCGGCCCAGCGACGACCCGCCUGCAGCCGUGGUGGGACCAACGACGGGCGGCAAGAGUUACGCCGCACAGGCGGGCGGUUACCACGCGCCGCCGCCCUUUCCACCACAUCAACACCAGGCCGUAUCCGGCGGCGGCGGCGGCGCCGGCGCAGCCCCGGCCGCCAAGCUCAACGGCGAGCCGCGCGCGCCGCACCCGCCGCACGCACCGCACCCGCCGCACGCACCGCACCCGAGGGCCACCUUCCCACCGCACCACCAUCACAACCCCGUACCACCGGCCGAGGGGCCCCGGCCACGGCACGUGCCCGAACCACGACGGCAGGACGAGGUGCAGGAGUUGCGCAAGUUUGGCGCGGAGUUCAAGCUGGUGACGUCACCCGCGCCGCCCGCCGCGCUGCCGCCAGUGCCCGGCCCGCAGCCGAGCGUGGCGGUGGCGCUGCCGGCGCCCACGCCCGAGGUGUCGGCCACCGCGGGCGCCGCCGCCGACCCGCACCCGCACAAGCGGCCCGCCCUGCCCAAGCACGAGGCCAACCCGCACCACAAGCCCCCAGUAGCGCCCGUGGAGCCUCCCCCCUCCCCCGGCGCGCUGCCCCCGCCGGCCUCCCCGCCCGGCCUCGCGGCCGCCGCCGACCGAGUGGCCGUCAGCGCGGCCACGCUCAAGAAGUCCACGCUAAACCCCAACGCGAAGGAGUUCAACCCGGCCGCGAAGAGCUUCGCCUCGAGGAGCCCUACCACACCCAAUCCCAGCAGCCUCCCCCCUCCCCCGGCGCGCUGCCCCCGCGGCCUCCCCGCCCGGCCUCGCGGCCGCCGCCGACCGAGUGGCCGUCAGCGCGGCCACGCUCAAGAAGUCCACGCUAAACCCCAACGCGAAGGAGUUCAACCCGGCCGCGAAGAGCUUCGCCUCGAGGAGCCCUACCACACCCAAUCCCAGCAGGUCAGUAGUCUUUCAGCUCUCAGUAGCACCCGUGGAGCCUCCCCCCUCCCCCGGCGCGCUGCCCCCGCGGCCUCCCCGCCCGGCCUCGCGGCCGCCGCCGACCGAGUGGCCGUCAGCGCGGCCACGCUCAAGAAGUCCACGCUAAACCCCAACGCGAAGGAGUUCAACCCGGCCGCGAAGAGCUUCGCCUCGAGGAGCCCUACCACACCCAAUCCCAGCAGGUCAGUAGUCUUUCAGCUCUCAGUAGCACCCGUGGAGCCUCCCCCCUCCCCCGGCGCGCUGCCCCCGCGGCCUCCCCGCCCGGCCUCGCCGCCGCCGCCGACCGAGUGGCCCACCCGUGGAGCCUCCCCCCUCCCCCGGCGCGCUGCCCCCGCGGCCUCCCCGCCCGGCCUCGCCGCCGCCGCCGACCGAGUGGCCGUCAGCGCGGCCACGCUCAAGAAGUCCACGCUAAACCCCAACGCGAAGGAGUUCAACCCGGCCGCGAAGAGCUUCGCCUCGAGGAGCCCUACCACACCCAAUCCCAGCAGGCCGCACACGCCGGGCACGCCGGUGGGGUCGCUGGGCGUGGGCGUGGGCGUGGGCGGCGUGGGCGUGGUCGGCGCCGGCGUGUCCUACGUGCCCGCGCCGCACCCGCCUCCGCACAUGGUUGCGGCUGUCCCCGCGUACGCGAUGGUGGCGGCGGCCGCGGCGGCGGCGCAGCAACCGCCGGCGUACCUGCCGCACCCGCACCCGCUGGCGUACGGGGCUAUGGGGGGCGGCGCGGCGGUGGCGGGCGGCGCGGGGCAGCACGGCCCGCUGCCCGCCCAGCAGCAGAGGAACUUCAGAAAAGUGGGUGUGGGCAGCGGCGUAGGCGUGGCCACAGCGACCGGACAACCCCUGCUAACGCCGGCUCCCAUGCAGCCUUUUGUGCCGGCCGUGUACCCGCCCCCGCACCACCAGCAGCAACCGGCCCUCCACUAUCAACAUGUGCCGAACUUCCAAGUGCGCAUGUACCACGGCGGCGGCGUGUCGUCCAUGCAGUCGAUGCAGUCGAUGCAGUCCAUGGGGUCGAUGAGCAUGCCGGAGUACGCGCCCCCCGCCCCCUCCCCCGCGGCCGCCUCCCCCGCGCUCUACCCGCCGCCCUCGCCCGCGCACACGCCGCACCAGCACCAGCACACACACACACACACGCAUCCCAUGCAGCCGCAUCCGCAUCCCCAUCCGCAUCCACACCCGCAUCCGCACCACCACUACCAGCAGCCGCCUUUCCAGGUGCUGUGCCCACUGAUGGGCCCCGGGGGCGGGCAGCACCAUCACCACCACCACGUGGCCUAUCUCAACCACGCGCCGCCCACCGCCUCGCCGCCGCAGCCACAUCCGCACCAGCUGCAGGUAUAACAUUAAU